GGAGCUGAACAACCAGUGGUCACAACAUUUUCCAAAGAAUGCCCAGACUCCAGCCAGGGCGUCUGCGAAAACCCGGGAGUCUACUCGAGGGGUCGCUUCCGGCCCUUGGAAGCAACGCAGCACGGUGGAAUCCAUCGCAGUUGUUGACUCUUCAUAGAAUAAUUAUUAUAAUACAAAUUAAAUAUGCAUCGUGCAAUGCUUAAAAUUAAUUGAGAGUAAAAAAAAA